CACAUCAACUCAACCUCUUCAGUUCCACUUCCAGUCUUCGCGUCUCUCACUUACAAGACCCCAUGGUUCGCAUUCUCAAGCCUUUCAGUGCCGUCAUCGCGACUAUGCUUUGUCUCGGUCUUGCUACCGCCGACACCGCCACCGUGUCGGUCCUUGGUGAUGCCACCUAUACGAUCCCGUCGUCUCGCGGAGAAAUCUGCAAGGGUACCGGUGCGUACCCGAGUGGAACGGCUUGUCCUCUGAAGGGUGACGGAGCCAGCGGCGGCUGCAGGGAAGGACUACCAUCGUACAAGCACGGCAAGUGCGUUGCCCCCAAGGUUGCUCAGUGUGUCCUUGUCUCGGACAAAACGUGGGGCUGUGCCUACCCGAAUGGCGGAACCAAUCCGAAGAGUGACUACCCCAAGGGAGACUACCCGAAGGGCGACUACCCCAAGAACGAUUACGAACACGGCGACUACCCUAAGGGAGACUACGCCAAAGGAGACUACCCCGUGGAUGACUACUCGGAAGGUGAGAAGGAUACGACGGCACCGCCAGUGUACCCUGCGAAGGAUACAACGGCACCGCCAAGUGACUACCCCAAGGGAGACUACCCGAAGAGUGACUACCCCAAGGGAGACUACCCGAAGAGUGACUACCCCAAGGGAGACUACCCCAAGGGAGACUACCCCAAGGGAGACUACCCCAAGGGAGACUACCCCAAGGGAGACUACCCGAAGAGUGACUACCCCAAGGGAGACUACCCGAAGAGUGACUACCCGAAGAGUGACUACCCCCAGGGAGACUACCCCAAGGUUGACUACAGGUUGGCACCCUAUGCCAUGGAACCUGUAGAGGAGAAAACGACACCACCUCCAGUAGAGCCGGCACUGGAACACGGAACGACGUCACCGCCAGACACGCCGGCACCGGCACAGACGACGGUACCGUAG